CUGGAGGAGACUGCGGCCAAGAUGGUGGAAGUGGAGCAGAAGAAGCGUACUUUCCGGAAGUUCACCUAUCGGGGUGUUGACCUGCAUCAGCUCCUCGACAUAUCCUACGAGCAGCUGAUGCAGCUGUACAGCGCCCGCCAGCGCCGGCGGCUCAACUGCUGCCUGCGCCACAAGCAGCACUCCCUCCUCAAGCGGCUGUGCAAGUCCAAGAAAGAGGCCCUGCCCAUAGAGAAGCCUGACGUGGUUAAGACCUACCUGCGAGACAUGAUUAUCCUUCCAAAAAUGGUGGAUGGCAUGGUUGGUGUGUACAAUGGGAAGACCUUCAACCAGGUGGAAAUCAAGCCUGAAAUGAUUGGCCACUAUUUGGGAGAGUUCUCCAUCACUUAUAAGCCCGUUAAGCACGGCCGACCUGGAAUCGGGGCCACCCACUCU